CUUCUAGUGAAGUGAACAAAGAGAUGGCUACUGUAACUCUAUUUCUCUGCUGUCUGCUGGGAAGUGUUUCUCUUGUGUAUGGACAAACUUUGGCUUUGGUUCGAUUGGCAUCACCCAAUGAGUCCCCUGACACUGAUCACACUGGAGAGAUCAUCUCAUUCUCUGAUGUUGGAUCAGGAGUUGGUACUGACCCACGAGCCUGGUAUUGCUACACCAGAGUCGAUGCCACUGGUGGUGUAGUGUGGCUGUUCCCUAAUGGAGUUCAUUGCCUAUAGUUACUGGCAGGAAUGCAGUUAAGGAAGAACUGUUCAUCAGUGGUGUUCCUGAUGCCGUUGUCCUGCAUCGUGGUCCCACACACUUCAGUCCUGAUGGAGAACACUGCUGUGCGAGGGUUGCUAUAGAUGGUGUCACUGUGCCGGUUAUGGAGGUUGUAAGGAGAUGUGUCACCUUCACUCCCUGCCCCACACUGAGUCCCCUGUCUGAUGGAAUGAUCUCAUACAACCCAGCCAACAGCAUGGCCACCUACACCUGUGACACUGGGUACACCAUCAGUGGAGCUACUCCGAUAACUUGUAUGAGUGAUGGCACUAGUGCUGGUACCUGGUCUCCAACACCUCCCACUUGUACAAUCGUCACCUGCCCUGUCCUAACCUCCCCUACCAAUGGAGCCUUGUCCACCACUAGUCGGGACUACCUCACUAUUGCUGCAUACAGCUGUGAUACUGGCUAUAUCCUCACUGGUAAUAGUGGUAGUACUGCUAGACAAUGUUUUGUUACUGGUCAGUGGUCAGGAGUGGCACCAACUUGUCUACCUGUUGACUGUGGACCUCUGACUAUCGCCAAUGGAGCAGUAGACACAUCCUCUGGAACCACCUUCAUGAUGACUGCUACCUACACCUGUAACACUGGAUACAACAUUGUUGGUAGUGUGAGCAGAACUUGUGUAGCAAGUGGAACAAGUGGAGUUUGGAGUUCAACUGCACCAACUUGUGAAAUUGUCAACUGUGGUUACCUGGACGCCCCCUCUAAUGGAGCUGUGGACACAUCCUCUGGAAGCACUUACCUCCAAAGAGCUACCUACACAUGUAGCCCUGGAUACACUCUGACUGGUGGAGAUAUGACCAGGACUUGUCAAGUUAAUGGAAUGUGGAGCUCUAGUGAACCUGCCUGUGAAUUCAUUGUCCUGUCCAUUGGAGGCACUGUCUACACUAACAACACAGCUCUGUCCUUCUCCCUCGUUGGAGAGGGCUCCUCUGCCCUCACCUGUCAUACUGAACUAUCCACCUGCUGCAGGGAACAAGACAACCCUAAUGGAGGGGCUCUCGGAGGAUGGAGAGGACCAGAUGGGGUCAGUGUACCUUCAGAGGCUGCUAUUGAAACUACCGCUGAGGGAUUCUACGUCACCAGAGGCAUCAGCACUAUCAGCCUGAAUCGCCGUUGCAGUGAAACGAAUGCAGGUGUCUACUGCUGCACUAUUCCCAGAGCUGAUGGUGUCACUCAAACAUUGUGUGUGAACGUGCAGGUUCUGCCAUCAGCAAGUACAUGCACUGAUGGACAUGCAGUUGCACUGGGAGUGUUGCUAGCUUUCUCUGUUGUUGGGAAUAUUGUGUUCAUAGCUUUACUGAUACUCAUAGUUGGAAGAAAACUUAUACCAGAAAGAAGUUAUCAUGAGACCUACAGGAAAAAACAACAGCCAGUUGUUUACAAAGCACCCAACCAGGUGGCCUGUUAUGAAGAUGUGAGCAAGCUGGGUGUGAGUGAGUGUCCAGCGUACGCACCCACUGAGUCAGGGGGUGGGCAGAGGAGAGAGGAAGAUCGUAUCUAUGACAAUUAACACUAUAAUUACCAUGUUUGUUUACGUGUCCUUUGUUUUGCUCAAAAACUGAAUACUUUAUUGAAAAUGUUGAUACUUAAUCAU